CAGGAAUGCAUCUUUCCCAUCUGCUGUGCUGUGUUACUGCCUGUGAGGGUGUUUCAAACAUACUCGGGUCUGUUUUGCUGCUAGUUGGAGUCUCCUGGCCGCUGCAAGGCUUCAUCCUUGGAGCAGAUGGAUGAAGAGGAAGAGGAAGAAGAGGAGGAUGACUUGGAUCUCUUUGGGGGUUAUGAUAGUUUCCGGCGUUACAGCAGCAGUGGGGACAGUGGCAGCACCUCCUUUCUAGACGACUCUAGUGAGAAUGAAGCCGGAGAUCGUGAAGCUGGGGAACUGCCUGCAUCCCCUUCACAGAUCCAAACACCUACCAGCCGAGUGCCAGAUGAUAAUGGAUCUGAGCCAGCUGUCUGUGAGAUGUGUGGCAUUGUGGGCACAAAAGAUGCCUUCUUCUCCAAGACCAAACGUUUCUGCAGCGUCUCCUGCUCCAGAAGCUACUCUUCAAACUCCAAGAAGGCCAGCAUCUUGGCAAGGCUGCAGGGCAAACCACCUACAAAAAAAGCCAAAGUCUUGCACAAGGCAGCCUGGUCUGCUAAAAUUGGGGCAUUUCUCCAUACGCAGGGAACAGGGCAGCUGGCGGAUGGAACAUUAACUGGCCAAGAUGCGCUCAUUGUAGGCUUUGACUGGGGAGCAUAUCUGCAGGACCAUGGAUGCAAGGCUGCACCUGUUGGCAGUUUCAAACACGUACCCCUUUAUGAACAAUGGGACGAUGUGAUAAAAGGGAUGAAGGUGGAAGUGUUGAACAGUGAUGCUGUGCUUCCCAGUCGUGUGUAUUGGAUUGCCUCUGUUGUUAAGAUUGCAGGAUACAAGGCCCUGCUACGUUAUGAAGGAUUUGAGAAUGACUCCAGUCAUGACUUCUGGGUCAAUUUGGGCACUGUGGAUGUGCACCCUAUCGGCUGGUGCGCCAUUAACAGCAAAAUCCUGGUGCCACCCCAGACUAUCCAGUCCAAGUACACAAACUGGAAGGGGUACCUCAUGAAAAAACUUGUGGGAGCCAGGACAAUCCCAGUGGAUUUCCAUAUAAAGAUGACUGAGAACAUGAAGUAUCCUUUCCGCCAAGGCAUGAGAGUGGAAGUGGUGGACAAGAGCCGUGUUUCUCGCACACGGAUGGCUGUAGUGGACACUGUGAUUGGUGGCCGGCUGCGGCUUCUUUAUGAGGAUGGGGACAGUGAUGAUGAUUUCUGGUGCCACAUGUGGAGUCCCCUAAUCCACCCGGUGGGCUGGUCCAGAAGGGUUGGCCAUAGCAUAAAGAAAACAGAAAAGUGUAAUGACAUGGCAAAUCACCCUACCUUCCGGAAGAUCUACUGCGAUGCUGUUCCAUAUCUCUUCAAGAGGGUGCGUGCUGUCUAUCCAGAAGGUGGUUGGUUUGAGGAGGGAAUGAAAUUGGAAGCCAUUGACCCCUUGAAUUUGGGCAACAUUUGUGUGGCUACUAUCCGGAAGGUCCUCUUGGAUGGCUAUCUCAUGCUUGGCAUUGAUGGCACAGCCUCAGAGGAUGGUUCUGAUUGGUUCUGUUAUCACGCUUCGUUGCACUCGAUUUUCCCUGCCACUUUCUGCAAGAAGAACAACGUUGAGCUGACCCCUCCAAAAGGAUAUGAUGCCAAGACCUUCAAUUGGGCAAGUUAUCUGGAAAAGACCAACUCAAAAGCUGCACCAGCACGUCUGUUCAACAUGGAUUGCCCAAACCAUGGUUUUAAAGUGGGUGCCAAACUAGAAGCAGUAGACUUGAUGGAGCCUCGGCUUAUCUGUGUGGCCACAGUGAAGCGGGUGGUCCAUCGGCUCCUCAGAAUCCACUUUGAUGGCUGGGAUGGCGAAUAUGACCAGUGGGUGGACUGCGAGUCUCCAGAUAUCUAUCCUGUGGGUUGGUGUGAACUGAUAGGCUACCAGCUGCAGCCACCAGUGGUCCCAGAGCCCAUGUCACCUGCGUCUGCCAAAGAGGUCCCAAAGAGGAAGCGAAAGCCAUAUGGAAAGAAAAGAAAAAAGAUGACCGCUAAAGCUCGUUCUAUCAAGCAAGCAGCUAAGAAAAUGGCUUCCCCAAAAGCGAAGGAGGAAACACAAGUGGCUAAGAAAAUGGCUGCCUCAAAAGCGAAGCAGGAAACACAGGCUGCCAAAAACACGGCUGCCUCAAAAGCGAAGCAGGAAACGCAGGCUGCCAAAAACACGGCUGCCUCAAAAGCGAAGCAGGAAAUGCAAGUUGCAAGCAAGGCCGCACCAAAACCAGCUUCUGAUGAAAUUGUUGCUGUGCAAGUGAAAGAAGAAAUCCUUGAUGACUCAGCAAUGGAACUUGAAGCUCCACAGCUUCCAGUUCCAAUCAGCUGUUUUAAGGAUGAGGACAUGGAACCGGAAGCCUCAACCAGUCCUGUGCAAAUUGGCUGCUUAAAGAACGAAGAGGUGGAAUUGGAAGCUCCUACAAACCCUCUACUGUUCGGUUGCUUCAAGGAUGAGGACAUGGUACCAGAAGCUCCAGCAAGUCCUGUACUGAUAAACUGCUUAAAGGAUGAGGAUGUGGAUUAAAGCUUCAGGGAGCAAAAAGACUCGGUAGUCCUUGAAGAAAUGAUUUGGCCUCAUUUGGGAACUUGAGCUGUAAAUUACAAAACUAGUUUCCGAGCCCAAUUCAAAGUGCUGGUUUUAACCUAUAAAGCCUUACAUGGCUUGGGACCACAAUACCUGACGGGACGCCUCUCCCGACACUACGCUCAACAUCUAAGGUCCUCCUCUUGGUGCCUACCCCGAGGGAAGCUCAGAGAAUGGUAACAAGGGAGGGGGCCUUUUCAGUGAUGGCCCCUCAAUUAUGGAAUGAUCUCCCCAACGAGGCUUGCCUGGCGCCAACAUUGUUAUCUUUUUGGUGCCAGGUCAAGAGUUUUCUCCCAGGCAUUUAACAACAUUUAACAGCAGAUGCUGAGUUUUUGAACUGACCCCAGAAUAGUUGUUUUAAAUGGAUAUUGUCUGCUUUUUGUUUGUAUUUUAUGCUUUUUAUGUUUUUAAAUAUUGUAUAUUUGUUUUUAAUGUUCACUGUUUUUUACUUUUGUAAACCGCCCAGACAGUUUCGGCUAUGGGGCGGUAUAUAAAUGUAAAUAAUAAUAAUAGUUUAUUUUGAUAGAUGACAAACUGGGGAUGACUGUCUGUGUUUCAGAACUCUAUACGAAAGAGAGGAGCAGCUAUCAGCAGUUCAGAUGUAUAUUGAUUGAGCCUGUAAAUAAACACUGAAGAACUGCCCCCUCAGGCAGUAUGACUUCUUGCACCACCCCUGUCUAUACCCUGGAAGAACCUGCCUCCCAGAGAAGAAAGGGAAAGCGUCCACAUAUCCAAGACUCUUAAUCAUGGCCUAUCACUAGAAGGAGAUGAGGAACCAAUUGCCGGAGUAGGAAUUAUUAGUGGGCAUUUGCUUUUUCUCUCUCCUUACUGUGAACUAAAACAAAUUUUUGACUGAGGGGAGGAAAACAUUUACUGGUAAACUUUUUUUAAAUGGACAUUGCGAUUGUGUGUUGUUUUUGCCCCUUUUUCGUAUCAACUCAAAAAAAUUGAUGAAAACUGUAAAUAAAGCAUCUUUGAAUGAAA